GUAUCCGUCAUUUGCUCGGUCAACACGCUGCCGGUGUGUGAAGCGACUCAUCCUCCCUGUAGGUGUGUGUGUGUUAUGAAGUGUGUAUGUUAUGAAGUGUGUGUUUCAUGAAGUGUGUGUGUAGCGUCGCUGUUGAUCUGAUCGGACCCGGAGCUGCUCCUCGUUCAGCCGCAGCUCGUCGCCUCGGAGCGGACAUGUGUAAAGAGCUGAGGACCAAAGUGCUGCGGCUCCUGCCGCCGACCCCCAGCGGGCCCACGGUUCACCAGGAUCAGGCAGAUGGUGCUGACAUCCUGAGGUGCACGGCGAAGGCCCUGAAGGAGGGUCACGUUGUCGCCGUGCCCACAGACACCAUCUAUGGCCUGGCGUGUCUGGCUCAAAACUCGGAAGCUGUCCGAAAGAUGUACGACAUCAAGGGGAGGAACGGACACAAGCCGCUGGCCAUCUGUGUGGGAGAAAUUCAGGAUAUCUACAAGUUCUGUAAGGUGAACGUGAAGGAGGAGCUGUUAGGUGACCUGCUGCCCGGCCCCGUCACUCUGGUGUUUGAAAGAUCUGACCUACUCAACACGGAUCUCAACCCCUUCACCUCACUUGUUGGCGUGCGUAUCCCAGACCACUCCUUCAUGAGGCAUCUCUGCCAGAUGUGUGGGGAACCACUGGCGCUCACCAGUGCCAACAUCAGCGCGCACAGCAGCACUCUGGAAGUACAAGAGUUCCAGGAGCUUUGGCCCAAACUAGCAGUGGUGGUGGAUGGUGGACCAAUCACAGACCAGAGCCGCCUGGGAUCAACGGUGGUCGACUUGUCGGUGCUCGGGAAAUAUCACAUCAUCAGGCCUGGCUGCGCCCUUUCUUCUACGCUUGAUGUGCUGGAGCGCAAACAUGGACUGUCAGCGGACUCGGACAAAUGACCUUUGAACUCUCAACACUCCACAACACGGGCUGAGACGCACAAUUAGCUUUGACCUCGGGGCUUCCUCGGAAAAGAAGAAAUCCUUUUUUCUAUUUUUGUGUUCACAUAGAAGAACGAGAGGAUAAGACUCAGGAACAAGUCGAGUCGUAAACAACCGAUGGCCGAAGUUGUUCUGGUGGCGGCUUUAAGGUCUGGGGUUACUUUUUCUUUUGAUGCUUCAACAUGUGCCGACUAUCACAUUAUGUGUCGAAGUUAUCAACCAUUUAUUUAGAAAAAUACAGGUCAGCUACGUUUGGGAAUUUCUAUGCAUAAAUAUAAAAUGUCAUCUUUUUGUACUGUCAAAGGAACGUGGCGUCGCUAAGAAUACAGUGGUUGGAGUCAAUAUUAUAUAUUUAUUUUGAUAACGUUCAGAGGUGUGAUCUUCGAUUGUAAGAUGUUUGACACGUCUCCACUUCCUCCCACUGUCGAGAAAUGAAGCCAAAAUAGUCUGAGCAGUAGUGAUCGGGGGUGAAGCUGCAUUGUGGAGGUCCUUAAGUUUUACACACACACACACACACACACUCACACGUCACACUCACCGAUCGUGAGUCAGUCUCAGCUGUCAAUCAAAUGUUUGACCCGUUUUACAGCAUCAUAUAACUUUUUUUUUUUUAAUUUACAUCAGUGUGAAAAGAACCUAAAAGGACAGAAUCCAUCUUUGAGAAAAAUUUGUUUCAAGUAUACUCCACUAAAAUGGAGGAGGUGUGGUUUAGGACCUAUAUUGCAGCCAGCCACCAGGGGGCGAUGAAGGUGCUUUGGCGUCACUUUUGGGAGCUGUCAUGUCUUCCAUCUUCAUUUACAGUCUAUGGAUGUUGCAGGCGCCCAACAUGUGGCCUGGAGGAAUCUUGUUGACAAGAUAAACAGAAGAUUAUUUAAAAUGCACUGACUAUGCAUCAAAGUUUAAUGAGUCCAGAACUGUUUUUUAAAUAACUUAUGAAUCCCAUGUUUACGAUUGGUUGCCAGCUACGGUCACAGUAACUGUUUUCAUGUUGUAGCUCUGAAAAUGCUGCUGUAAAAUGUCGGUCGUGUUGUUGAGCACACGGAGCCGGUGAUGGACGGUAGGAAAUCCAUCCGCCCACGUGCAUGUUUAAAAACAAAGAUCUUUUUAAUUCAUCACCGUGUGUUGAUUGAUGAAAGUGCCACAAUAAAUUCUCAGUUCUCCAUA